CCAAUACAUCCAUGUAUUGUAUUCGGUAAUUCGUCCUGCUCAGUCCGAGCUCACAGUUACGGUGAGCGAUUGAUGUGGUCUGAACGUCAUGUGCACUAUCGUCACUAGAAAAAAAUGGCUGACGAGGUAGAAGAAACAAACACAGCUGUCGAAGAGAGCGACUCUACACAGCCUGAAGCCGACGUUUUAGAAGUUCCUGCAGACAAUGGAGUUAACAGCGAUACAGAGGACCAGAAAGCCAAGCCUGUGGCAGAGAGCAAUUGGUCUGCACCCAUCCUGUCGCUGGCACGAAAGGCGUCGGAGACGAUUAGCGGGGUCAGCUACGGUGCAGCUUUGAGAAAUGUCACAGCGGGAUCCACUGUCAGCUCUCCUGUCAAGGAAAACUUUGAAAACGAGACAAGUACGAACACAAAGUUCCCAGAUGUACCAGCAAUGAAAGAUCCUAUGGCUAUUGAGAGAUCCAACCUUCUUAGUAUGAUGAAGUUAAGCAUCAAGGUGUUGAUUCAGUCUUCUCUAAGUCUGGGGAGAACUCUAGACUCUGACUACCCUCCACUUCAGCAGUUCUUUGUGGUUCUAGAACACUGUCUCAAGCAUGGACUGAAAGCUAAGAAGUCUUUUAUCAGUCAGAACAAGUCUAUCUGGGGUCCUCUGGAGCUGGUUGAGAAGCUGUGUCCUGAGUCGGCAGAUAUUGCCACCAGCGCCAGAGACCUGCCAGGUUUAAAGACUGGAUUGGGCCGUGCUAGGGCUUGGCUUCACCUGGCUCUCAUGCAGAAGAAAGUAGCUGACUACAUAAAAGCCUUGCUGGACCGCAAGGACCUGUUAAGUGAGUUCUAUGAGCCUGGGGCGUUAAUGAUGGAGGAGGAAGGGAUAGUGAUUGGGGGCAUGUUGGUUGGACUGAACGUCAUCGACGCCAACCUCUGCAUCAAAGGGGAAGAUCUGGACUCUCAGGUGGGGGUCAUCGACUUCUCCUUGUACCUGAAAGAUACUUCAAGCACUGAGACCUCUAAGGAUGACACCAAAAUGACGGCCAUUUUGGAUCAGAAGCACUACAUUGAGGAGCUGAACCGCAACCUCAGCGGCACAGUCACCGACCUGCAGGCCAAGAUGGACUCCCUGGAGAAGACCAACAGCAAGCUCAUUGAGGAGCUCACGGCAGCGACAGACAGGAUUAACUCUCUACGCGAAGAACAGGAGACGUUGAGGAAGGAGAACGAGUCGAUCCUCCAGAGCAGCCUGAAGAAGGAGGAGGCGACGCUGCAGGACAGUCAGGUGGAAUUGGAGACGUACAGACAGACUCGCCAGGGUCUGGAUGAGAUGUACAACGUGGUGUGGACACAGUACCACGAGGAGAAACGCAUCCGGCAGGAGUUGGAGCGGGAGUUGGAGCUGCAGGUGGGCCUGAAGCAGGAGAUGGAGGUGGCCAUGAGGCUGCUGGAGAAGGACACGCACGAGAAGCAGGACGCCCUGGCAGCCCUCCGGAUCCAGCUGGACCAGGUGAAAACCCUCAACCUGCAGAUGUUCCACAAAGCUCAGGAUGCGGAGAGAGACACCGAGAGCAAGCAGGAGGCCGCGGCUCAGCUGGAGGACAAGAUGAUGCACAUGGAGACCGCCAUGCAGGAGAUGGAGCAGAGGCUGCAGAACUCGGAGCGCGAGAGGAGGCAGAGCGACCAAUCGGACAGAGACAUGAGGUCGGAGCUGGAGGGCAAGGUGGAUGCGCUGCAGAAACAGCUGGGUGACCUGGACACACUGAGGCUGGGUUUGGAGAGUGACCUGCGCAGCGAGAAGGAGGAGAGGCAGAGCCUGCAGAGAGCUCUCCAGAGGGAGCAGGACAACAGCACAGAGCUGCGCACGCAGCUGCAACAGCUGCAGGGGCUGCACACGGAGCUCCAGGACCUGAAGGAGGAGAAGAAACAGCUCCAGCAGAUCUGCGAGGAGCAGGAGCAGGCUCUACAGGAGAUGGGCCAGCACCUGAGUCAGUCGAAGCUCAAAAUGGAGGACUUCAAGGAGGUCAACAAGGCCUUGAAGCCUGGUGUUGUUGUUCCCCGUCAGGGCCAUGCCUGGCUCAAGGAUGACGAGGCUACCCAGUGUAAGCAGUGCCAGAAGGAGUUCUCCAUCGCUCGCAGGAAGCACCAUUGUAGGAACUGUGGGGAUAUCUACUGCAACAGCUGCUCUGCGAACGAGCUGGCCCUGCCUUCCUACCCUCGGCCUGUCCGGGUGUGUGACAUCUGCCACUCACUGCUGCUGCAGAGAGGCUCCUCCGUCUCCUGACAGAACCACACACACACACACUGUCUCACACACAUUCUCUCUCAUGUCUAACUUUCCAGUUGUUACUGAAGUCAUCUAGACAAAAGACUCAUGUUCUACAUUCAUGUUUCCUAAAAAAAAAUCUUUUUUAUAUAAAAUCCUUAGCAUUAAAAAUGAACAGGAAACAUCAUUUGAUGUGUUUCCAAGAUCGGUUUCUACAUCUGCCUGGAAAUUAGGACUGUCUAUGGAAUGUUAUCAAAGGUCCUUCUGCAUGACUGGGUCUGAGUGUGAACCGUCAAACUACAUUAAACUAACAGAAAUAUUUUGUUGUGGAGGGACAGGGAAUUUAGAAUCAAGUAACCAGAUCAAUGAUUUUCACACGAGUUUCUAUUGUGUUUAAACAAAUGUAACUUUGUUACAGUUUUUGUCCUACAUCUUAACAAUAGUGAAAAAAUCAUGAUAACUGUUGUCAUUUGCAUAAGAAGUAUUCCAGUACGGUUCAAAGACUUUUGUAGAGAAGGGAGGUGCAAGAUGUAAUGUUCCCUUUUUAAAUUUGAGGCAUAUCUAAUUAAAUGUAGAUCUGAAUUGUAAAUGACUACAGAAUGUUAACACAUCAAGAAUUUAAGAUGUCUAUUUUAGAAUGUAUAUACAACUUUGACCCAGUAUUAAGCGAUUUUCUUAAUUUGGGCAUGUUUUGACCAACAUGUUUUCUAUCUAGAUAUUUGAUAAAGAGUACUAAAUUUAACAAAAAAUACUUUGUUUUUACUUAGACUGUAGUCUGCACACCACAAACAUGAGCCACCAAGUUGAUCAUUGAGACAUCUUUACUCACUCUGUGCACAUUGAAUACAAAGAAAGAAACAGUAGAAAUGUUCACAAACUCAGACCCCAGUUCUCCCCCAGGUAUAAAUCAGCAAGCUUAACCCCCCUCCCAACCAUUAUAAAACUAAACCUUUAACCAUGCAGUUUUAACUAUGUCGAAUGUCACAUUCACAUAUUUCAUACUUCGAGAAAGCACUUCAAUUUAUGCAGAAUCAAUGUAAGGAGAAACAUCUAGAUAUAUACAGAAUGUAUUUCUGAGCGUUGGUGGGUCUGAAGUGAAAGAGAGUCAACACAAGGGGAGCUACACAAACUGAUAAGCGACAUCUCUUCAGUAUGGGGCAACAUAGAAACGGCACACUGUCUGAUAAUGAAAAUACAUGUGGGUAUUCCAACCAACUAACAUAGAUGUGUGUAGGUCUAUACGCUCAAAUGCAAGGAUGGUAAGAAAAAACAGUGACCAACCUUUAUCCUAAACCUUACGUAAUAAAAUUGUGAAAAAUACAUCCCUUA